AUGAAGCGGAAGAGCGACGUCACGGCGGUCAAGAAGAGCGUGUACGCCCGCUUGGAGUUGCCAUCGGGGAAGAAAGUCAAGGGGGUGCAAACGGACGGGGCGGGAAGCCACAUCCACGUGCCCAAGGGCAACCGGAAGAAGAUGAAGCCUGUGAGCGAGCAAGGGGUGUUCUUGAGAGGGGGGGGGGACACCGGGAGCGAGAAUGCCGUUGAGGGAGACGGCGCUCAAGAGGAGAUGACAGAAAGAUACCCCGCACGCGAAAGGCGGGCGCCCGCGGAGUGGUACCAGCGAAUCUAG